AUGGACGCGCUGACGAGGGCGUUGCAUCUGCCCAACUCCAAGCAUGCCAUCUUUGACUGCAUCCUCACCAUCCACGACCUCUCCAAUGUCCCGCUCGUCGUGGGUGAUUACCGUAUCAAGUGGAAGUUUGAGCACUCUUAUCUCUCGAGCUCGAGCGCCAUACCGGCUCACUUGCAACAUCACCUCCACCAAUCAGCUCCGGGCAAAGAGCUCACGAAGCGACAGCACAAGCCCGAAGAUCACAGUCAGGCUCAGACGGAUGAUCCACCUGCUUCAGAAGAGAAGCGAGAUGGACCUCAAAGCGCGUUUCUGCAUCCACUGUCGGCUUUGCGCUCCUCUCAGAACAGUCAGCACUCGCCUUUGGCGAACGGCAAAGUCAUCACGAUCGACAAAGCCUACGAGGAGCGGCCUCGGGGCAGGCAGAGAUCAGAUUCCGAUCCUUCUGCAUCUGCAGGCAGCAACGCGAGUCACUCUCGAGCCAGAACAGUCAGGAUGGAUCAUUCGCUCGCACGAGAGGACAGUAACACGACCGUGCAGAGUCCAUCGGAAGGGCAUCCCACAGCUGCAAAGAGCGAAAGCAAGCCCAAGCCGCCAAUGCUGAUGGUCAGCACAACGACGACCCGUACGUCCGAUAAGACCCAAGUCGAGCAGAGCAAUGUCGACACAUCACCCUCGACGAGCGCGCUCAUAGGUUUACGAGAUGCGACUGGCAAGGAGCUGCACGAUAAACCAGAUAGCCCUCCGCGAUGGAAGGUCGAUCCCGACACCAUAAAGCUGUCGAGUGCCGUCGCCGAGCCAAAAGGCACUACUUCCCUGCGACCGCUCAAAAAUCAUUCCGUCUCCUUCGACAAGAAGAUCAGGUGCCCCGUCUCGAUGCCAGUCUCUUCAAAGACGUCUGAGCUCCAACCUUGCUUGCUGAAGCUGUCGAUCAAGCAGAAGAUGCACACCGAUUCGAGCAGACUCGAGGAGAACAAGGUUGGCGAGCUUCGCAUCGACCUCGCCAAUUUCGUGGAGACGACACUGGCUGGACUCAGCGGAGGCAUGAAGCGUUCUGCUUCAAACAUAGGCCGAAUGGCGUCCCACGCUUCUUUGCGAAGCUUGCGCGAUCAGCAGCGCGCAGUGUCAAAUGGCCAUACCGGACAGCGCAUGGAAGUCGGCAAGACGACCUCGAAGCGAUUCCUGCUCAGGAAGAGCAAGACCAAUGCGCUGCUCAAAGUCAGCUUGGAAUUGGUCUUUAUCGCUGGAGAGCGGAGCUUUCAGCCGCCUGGAUCUGUACAACAUAGAGAGACUGCGGAAGCACGAUCUCGAGCCGCGAGCUUUACGCCAUCUGCUCGCAAUAGAAGCUCGGCAUCGAUCCGAUCUGGUCAUUCUGGGCACCACUCGCCCAACAAGGCGAGGAGCUUCACGACACCCAAGAAAGCAGGAUCGAAGUCAAGCAGUAGCGGCAAGAGGACCUCGCCAGCCUCUUCUGGCGUCUCUACGCCAGCCACUUCGCCUGUCAAGUCGAAUCACAGCGACGGACAUGGCAAUAGACUCCGCUUACCCGGACAGCAUACUCAGCCGUCACCGACAGCAAGAGACUUGCGACUCGGUCUCACGCCUCAUAGCACCCGCCGACGUAAUGCUCUCAACGUUAUUGACAAUCUACUUAAUCACAAACUCGAUAAGCUAGACACAUCAUCCCGGAGCAGCAUGGAUUCGCCCGUAUCCGUAGAUCUCGUACCUACAGGCGUCAACCGACCUCAGGCACCGAUGCCACAAAGGACGCCAUCACAGCAGAGCAACAUGAGCCAUAUGGACAAGGCUCGAAUGGCCAUUGGGUUGAAGCCCAAAGCCUCUUCCUCUCAACUCAGUGUAUCGAAUAUCAGCGUCAAGUCAAGCGCCUCGAAGACGUCGCACAAGGUGUCGAAGGACAGCUCGCGUGCUACCAACGCCAGCAAGACAGACCGUGGGCAGUCACUGGGCCGGGGCUCCCUCAUGAAGCGUGCAGUCUCCGAUAUGGCAGCAUCAUCGACCAGCAGGUGUUCGACAAGGCCAUUGACGACAGAGACAGUCACAAAGACGCCGAAAUGGCAACAGCUUCGCAUACCGUCUCGUCCGGAGCCAAUCGCAGGCUCAAGUGCCGACCUCCUGCGCGCAGAUGAGCUCUCCUCUCGUCUGUCCCAGCUCUCUGUACAGCCUGCGCCGACAAAGCCGCCCGUUCGUCAGUUUCGUCCUCGACCGAAACCAACUCAAGCCUACUUGGACAAGGCAUCGAAAAGUAGCGCACAUAUAGCUGACAGAGCCUUUCCACCCUUACUUGUCGUCGAUCUGAACGAGACGCUUUGCUGCCGAGCGGGCCGGAGACCAGGUGACGCUACUCGACCCGCCCUACGGCCAUAUCUCUCCUCACUCCUGCCGUAUCUCUUCGGAAAGGGGGAGGACGGUCUCCCUCGGUGGUCCGUAAUUGUCUGGUCAUCGGCCACCCAGAAGAACGUCGACAGGCUCGUCGUCGCUUUGGACCUGAACACGGAUGAUACCAGGCUGGAAGCAGUCUGGGCUCGGGACAAGAUGGGUCUGACCGACAAAGAAUACGCCAACAAAUGCCAAACUUACAAGAAUCUUGAUCUACUAUGGUCUCAAGUGGCACCUACAAGGCCGUCCGAUCCAGAUGCUCGAUGGGACCAGACGAACACUGUUCUCAUAGAUGAUGACCUGAUCAAGGCAUCCUGCCAACCGCACAAUCUGAUCCAAAUACCUCCAUUCAACCCAUUCGAGCCUCUGUCAGAUUUGACAGGACCGCCUUCGAGGCACACGCGCCACAAGACGUCUGCGCGCGUGAUCGACGCAGAUACAGCUCUGCUGCAGCUCAUUGGCGUCUUGGAAGACCUGCGUCUAGAGUCCAACUUUUCCGCAUACAUCAGAACGGGCAGAUUCGAAUCUUACGGCACGCCUGCAGGAGAGACAGUCUGGCUCGCUCGCGGCAAAGAAGUUUGUGCCAAGUAUGCAAUACCGCUGAUCAAAUAA